CUGUUUCCUGGUGUGGGUCUAGCAUGGGUAUGAGCGUGCCUUGGGGAGCGGAGGGGGGGAACAGAUCCUGGGUCACCCUUCCUCUCCCUCCCCCUCGCUUCUCCCAAGACCCUCCCCCAUCGGUCCCCCACCCGCGCUCGUACGUGCGCCUCCGCCGGCAGCUCCUGACUCAUCGGGGGCUCCGGGUCACAUGCGCCCGCCUGGCCCUAUAGGCGCCUCCCCCCGCCCGCCCCCCGCCCGCGCCGGGAGCCGCAGCCGCCGUCGCCUCCGCCACUCCGGCUCUCUCUGCGCCGCGGCUGCCGCCACCAUCACCGUCACUGCCACUGUCACCGGCUAAGUCUGCAGCCCCGAGGAGAUCCUAGACAUCAUGUCCAUAGAGAAGAUCUGGGCCCGGGAGAUCCUGGACUCCCGUGGGAAUCCCACGGUGGAGGUGGAUCUCCAUACUGCCAAAGGUCUCUUCCGGGCUGCAGUCCCCAGUGGAGCCUCUACUGGCAUCUAUGAGGCCCUGGAGCUAAGGGAUGGAGACAAACAGCGUUACUUAGGCAAAGGUGUCCUGAAGGCCGUGGAUCACAUCAACACCGCCAUUGCACCAGCCCUCAUCAGCUCAGGUAUCUCUGUGGUGGAACAAGAGAAACUGGACAACCUGAUGCUGGAGUUGGAUGGGACUGAAAACAAAUCCAAGUUUGGGGCCAAUGCCAUUCUGGGUGUGUCCCUGGCCAUCUGUAAGGCGGGGGCUGCGGAGCGGGAAUUGCCUCUCUACCGCCACAUUGCUCAGCUGGCUGGGAACUCAGACCUCAUCCUGCCUGUGCCGGCCUUUAACGUGAUCAAUGGCGGGUCUCAUGCGGGGAACAAGCUGGCCAUGCAGGAGUUUAUGAUCCUCCCAGUGGGUGCUGAGAGCUUUCGUGAUGCCAUGCGACUUGGGGCAGAGGUCUACCACACACUCAAGGGGGUCAUUAAGGACAAGUAUGGCAAGGAUGCCACCAAUGUGGGGGAUGAAGGUGGCUUUGCCCCGAAUAUCCUGGAGAACAGUGAAGCCCUGGAGCUGGUGAAAGAAGCCAUCGACAAGGCUGGCUACACGGAAAAGAUUGUCAUUGGCAUGGAUGUCGCUGCUUCAGAGUUUCAUCGUGAUGGCAAAUAUGACUUGGACUUCAAGUCUCCUGCUGAUCCUUCUAGAUACAUCACUGGGGACCAGCUGGGGGCGCUCUAUCAGGACUUUGUCAGGGACUAUCCUGUGGUCUCCAUUGAGGACCCAUUUGACCAGGAUGACUGGGCAGCCUGGUCCAAGUUCACAGCCAAUGUAGGCAUCCAGAUUGUGGGUGAUGACCUGACAGUGACCAACCCAAAGCGUAUUGAGCGGGCAGUGGAGGAAAAGGCCUGCAACUGUCUGCUGCUCAAGGUUAAUCAGAUCGGCUCAGUCACUGAAGCCAUUCAAGCGUGCAAGCUGGCCCAGGAGAAUGGCUGGGGGGUCAUGGUGAGUCAUCGCUCAGGAGAGACUGAGGACACAUUCAUUGCGGACCUGGUGGUGGGGCUGUGCACAGGCCAGAUCAAGACUGGUGCUCCGUGCCGUUCUGAGCGUCUGGCUAAGUACAACCAGCUCAUGAGAAUUGAAGAAGAACUGGGAGAUGAAGCUCGCUUUGCCGGACAUAAUUUCCGCAAUCCCAGUGUGCUGUGAUCCCUCUACCUGCCUGGAGAGUUGAACCUCCAUCCCAUCCUCCUGGAAGCUCCUUCUCACUGUCCUAACCUGUGAUAGUUCACCCUGAGAUACCCUGAGCCCCAGGACAGCCAGAACUCCCUUACUAACCUGCUCCAGCUGCUCCCUGGCUUCCUUAAAACCCUUGCUGUCUUUGCUGUCCCCCCUCUCUGGGCCCCCAUUCUUUGGGUUUCCAUUUUCUCCACUUCUUCCUUUCCCUUCUCUGUUCCCUCAAAAACUGGAAAUAAGAAUGAGGAUUAGAAGGAGGUCUAUGGAAGAACAAUCAGUUCUGGAGUUUCAGGGCAGGUGUGUUAAGGUGUUUAGAGUGGGGCCAUGUGUCUCCUGUGCUUUGUUCUGUGUGUUUUCCAUGUUGCAUAUGAACCAUGAACUGUGCAUAGAGGUGAGGCAUAGGGGACUGACUACUGGGUUUAUAGUCAUGCCUACUUAAGGCUUUUGUGUAUUUAUUUAUUUACUUUUGUUAAUUAGUCAGCCAUUUCUUCUAGGGCCUAAAACUGGCCCUUCUUGAGAGGACUAUGCACCUGUAUUUCAUGUGGCUGCAGAUACUAAGAUGACCUGGGGUGGGAGGUCUUGCUAGAGAUGGGAAGGGUAACAGAAAGGGGUUUUUAGCAUCAGUUCUGUUGCGUGUACUAACUGAAGUCUGGCUUGGUCCAGAGUGGGGCUGUGUGCCUGGGAGACUUUUACAAAUCUCUCCCUAGCCCUAGGUUCCCUGUUCUUUCUCCAGCUGCACCAGAGCACUGUCUCACCUCCCCUGUGCUGUGUUCCACAGUUGCUUCCACCUCUGUGGCAUUGAAAUGAGCACCACCAUUAAAGUCUGAAUCACAGUGCA